AUGGUCCUUUUCAUACACGCCUGGCACAUCAUUCCAGCCAAGCGCCUCGCCGACCUUGACAAGGUGCUCAUGUACAGCAUCGAUCGCUCCAACGUUAUCCACGUUGUCAACGUGUGCAACAUGUUUCCCGAACUGUACGUGGGCAUCCAGGCCGCGAAACCCGAUGUCUCCAGUUUCCGCGCCAAGCUAGAGACAUCCAAGACCUUUUCAAAGAGCGCCGACAAAUGGAUGCCCCUCAUCGACAAGGCCAAAGCCAACCCGGCCAAUGUCCACACGCUGGAGCACGUAGUCAAUACGACCCUUUACUACUCCCCCUCCAAGGUGAGUAUGGCCAGGCUGCGGUUCAAGAAUGAGAAAAACCGCAGAGCGCUCAUCAACACGCUCAAUCCGCCGGUGCUGGAGUAG